CUCAGUCCUGCCCCGGUCCUGCCCCGGUCCUGCUCCGGUCCUGCCCCGGUCCUGCUCCGGUCCUGCCCCGGUCCUGCUCCGGUCCUGCCCCGGUUAGCUGCAGGACUCCUCGGAGCACCUGCAGGCUGCUGUGUGACUGCGAGGGAAAUAUUUUCCCUGGACUUGGUUCAAACUUUGAGGGGAAAGAGAAAAAAACGUGGGCAGCGGCAUUACGCCAUCCGUGCCUCUCUUGGAAAGAAGUGGGAUUUAAAGAAGUUCCUUACAGGACGUCCAGCAGAAUGGAGCCGUGCACGGUCUAAUGCGAGUCCGCUUCCCUGAGCCUGCUGGCGGAUCCCUGCUCCCCUGUCUCCGUCUGGAUCUCUGCAGCACCAUGGUUCUGACGCAUGACGGACGGGACAAUCAAGACUCUCAGGAUUUGUUUCUUCAACCACAUCUUCACUUUUACCACCUGGCUCAUGUCGACAGUUCCUUCUAGAGAGGAGCCUCGCUUCUCCUCCCGGUGGCAGAGGACCCUCAGAGGAUGAGAGACAGGACGGGGAUUCUGAACAGACUGAGCGUUAUUACAAUGACGGUUUGGCCAAAGGCAAAAGGGUUUUAGGAUGAAACUUGUGAAGCGUCUUUGUCUCCUGCUGAGCUGCUGGACUCUCAUUUACCUGCACCCCGUCCUCGGUUCACUCAGCCGGAGCAGGCCGACCGAGCCCCACCACCGGUACCGGCUCGGAGAGGCAGCGGAGAGCGCGACAGGCGGCACGGACGGAGAGCAAGUCCCCGGGAGAACCGGCAGUUCCACCCUAACACCCGGCAGACAACCGGGGGCCGGGGCGUGGAGACCGUCCCCGCUUGUUCCGGCGAGGAUCACGCGUAUCCGCGCGAGUCCGCCGUUAAUCAAGGCUGAGUUGACUGUUGUAAAAAGCGCAGGCACUGCAGUGACAUCCGCGUCCCUGCGCAGCGGGGCCGUGCCGGUGAACCGUGCACAGCUGCAGCACCGGGACCGAGCAGGGAGCCUGGGGCGCAAAGAGGCUGUGCGCUCCUGGCUGCCCGGAGGAGAUGCUCGCUCCAAAGCGCACGCUCCCGCGGCUUUUAGCGCGCAUGCAGCUGUGAAAGGAGUCAGGACUGCGGACGGAGGAGGUGGAGGCGGGAGCUCCCCGGCUAGACAUGUGGGGAAAGCUGCUCCAAGUGCAGCGAGAGCAGCCGGAGCGGCACUUGGAGUGCGCACCGGGGAUCCACCGAGAGGAGCCGCUCCGGUGCGCACCGGGGAUCCACCGAGAGGAGCCGCUCCGGUGCGCACCGGGGAUCCACAGAGAGGAGCCGCUCCGGUCCGCACCGGGGAUCCACCGAGAGGAGCCGCUCCGGUCCGCACCGGGGAUCCACAGAGAGGAGCCGCUCCGGUGCGCACCGGGGAUCCACCGAGAGGAGCCGCUCCGGUGCGCACCGGGGAUCCACAGAGAGGAGCCGCUCCGGUCCGCACCGGGGAUCCACAGAGAGGAGCCGCUCCGGUCCGCACCGGGGAUCCACAGAGGAGCCGCUCCGGUCCGCACCGGGGAUCCACAGAGAGGAGCCGCUCCGGUCCGCACCGGGGAUCCACAGAGAGGAGCCGCUCCGGUCCGCACCGGGGAUCCACCGAGAGGAGCCUUUGUGCAAAAGCAGCCGCAUGCCGCUGGUGA